UUGACAUUACGGAGGCCCACUAGGAGGCCCCUCCAUCUCCCCCACCACCCUCUCCUCCUCCCUGCUCCUCCUCCUCCUCCUUCUCUUCCUCCGUUUCCAUCUCCUCUCCCUGCAUCCCUACUCCCCCCUACAAUCAGCCUCAGCAUGGAUCUGAAGGAUCGUAGGCACCGCUCCCUGACCAGGGGUCGCUGCUCUAAAGACUCCCAGUACAACACCGCCUCCUUGGAUGCAGAUGAGUGUCGUGUGCCUACCCAGAAAUCCUACAGCUCCAGUGAAACGCUCAAGGCUUUCGACCACGAGCAGCGGUUGCACUAUGGGGGCUGUGUGACUGACCUGGUUCACCACGAGGCUGAUGAAUACUCCAGACAAGGGGGUAACUUCACCCUGGCCGAGCUGGGAGUAUGUGAGCCAACUCCCCCUCCGCACCCCGCUGCCGUUCCCUACUGUCCCGACCUGGGCCUCCUGCAGCGGGGGUACUCCCUCAGCGCAGGCUCUGAUGCCGACUCAGACCCCGAGGGGCCGCUGUCUCCAGAGCGAGCCAUCCAGCUGUGGGCCGGGCGGGGAAGAGUAAAGUCCCGCCGCAGCUCAGGAGUGUCCAGCCACGAGAACUCAGCCCUCACCCUCACCGACUCGGAGAAUGACAACAAGUCUGACGACGAGUCAGCUUACCUAGAUGAUGAGGAAGAUGAGGAUCCAUUUGGAGACUAUGUAAUCAGUAAGUCACGUCUGACUGUGGCCUCUCUUAGAUUACACAGCCCACCAUAG